CACGUAAACAGAGACAAUAGUUGGACAACGUACGCCAGUUGAAGGAAGCAGUUUGUAAACAAGUUGGUCUCAAUCUUUUAGAGUAUAUUGGCAUAGUUAUAUGACCCAAAAAUAACUUCAGUAUGCGAAUAAUUUAUUUUAACAUCCGGUGAGUUUAUGGAACGAGGAACGGCCACACAAGCUGCUAGUUAGCUAGUUGUUGUUAAGCUAGCAUGUUAGCUAACUGACAGCGUUAGCCCAGUCGGUAGCAUGGAUCCGUUAGGUAUAGUUGUGGAUGAAGUGGCUUUGGAGGGACUGGACGGAAUAACUAUCCCCUCUCUGUGGAUACGACUGGAAGAUAGAAAGCCUGCCUUUCGCCUCAAGCUCGACGACUGCACCAAGGAGCUCAUCUGGAAGUCAAUCAUCAGCAACACCGACCUGAAGGUGUAUCAAGUCCCGAAGGAGAGAGAUGAUGUGGUGCUGUUUGACAGGUUUAAAGACAUCGACCCAGAAACAGGCAUUGAAACAACACAGAGGUUUUCUGACACACGGAAAGACGUCUACCCGGUCCACAUUAUUCUAGAAAACAAGAAUGGGAUACAGGGCUCGUGUGCAUUCUUCAAAGAGAGGACAGACAUCACUAAGCUUGUCUGCUCCAAGUCCCUCACCCCAUUACUCAACUUGCAGGAGGCUUUGGAACGAUAUGGCCGAAAGCUUGUUGUCGUGGCAUCUCAGCCGCUGAGAUUCAGAACCCUGAUCGGUAUGGAAAGCGAUCCUGACUUGAAACUGAACGACGACUCUUACUGUGUGCUGGAACGAGUUGGCCGAGCUCGAUGGCAAGGAGAGCUGCAAAGGGAUCUGCACGGAUGCUCUUUCAAGAUCGAUGCUCGGAAGCUGCACUACAUGAGGAAGUCUCUUGUUAAACAUGGACUCAUCAGCAUGCAGUCUCACGUCACACGAGUGAACUCAGGACAACAGCAGCACUCCAUUCUUCUGCUGCUCAAACGCUUCCAUGUAAACAGGAGGGCUAAGUAUGACAUACUGAUGGAGUACGUGUCCAACCUUCUCCAGCAGUCACCUGGGCAGUUUGCCACUCUGAUCACAUUCAAAGAACAGCUGAAUGUGGAUGAACGUACUUCUAAGCGUGUAUUUCAAUACAUGCGAGCCGCUAAGUUGGUUGAGUAUUGUCAGUACCCCCUGGAGGACUUGGAUCCCUCUGCCGGGCCCUGCACCAACAAAAAAGGGAAUAAAGUGCUUGUGCGCUGUUUGAGAUUACUAAAGCCGUACACAAAGAAGGGCGUCACUGAUGAUGACGAUGAUGAGGACGAAGACGAAGAAGAUUACACUGGAGCGAGAGAAAGACCUCUCCCUCCAGAGGGGCGAAUCAUGGAGAGCGAUGUCCUGUCGCAGUCCUAUAACAUUGUAUUAUCUAGUGGUGCAAAGGGAAUCCCCCAGCGCGGUGUCGCGUCUAGGAUGAAUGCCGGAAAGCUGGAAGCUCGUAUGCUCUGCCGAAGGCUGGAGAGGGAUGGUGCGAUUAAGGGAUUCAUGGAGGACGAGGGUCGGCAGAGGACUACAAAAUACAUCAGCCAUAAGUGUGUUGGUGUGAGUAAUCAACUGCAACUGUUUGCUAAGGAGCAGGAACGGAAGAAGCUUCUCUACUCUUCCGCACCACAGAUGUCAGAUGCUGCACCGCCGACCCCUAAAACACCAACGACCUCAAAGUCGAAAAAACAAAGCGCCAAAUCUCCAGCAGCAAAGAAGGUUCAGAAAGCAGGUGGAGGUAGAAACAAAGAUGCAAAGGAGGCCGGGCAGACGUCUGGUGAUGGAGAGGUGAAUUCAGCAGAUGGAGGCUCGGAUGGAGAGGGAGGUGAAGCGGGAGAGAAAAGCAGUGUGAAGACUAAUCAGACACAACCUGAGAUCCCCACCGUACAACUUACACCAGCUGAAAGUGAAACCCCAGCCUGCAGCAAAUCAAUGACCAGUGUAGCUCCUGACUCAGUGUCCACGUCCAGAGCAGAAGAAGCUCGAGUUGAGGACGAAGAAUCCAACUCGAAUCCUGGCUCCGCGUCUCCUCAGAGUGAGGCGUUGAAUGCAGACGAUUACUCGGAGGACAACAACGUUGUGGAGGUUAAAGAUGUUUGGAAGCUGCAGGGCCCGACCCGUAAGAAAUCCAAAUAUGCUAUGGGGAAGUCUCAUGAGACGUACCGCCUGUUGAGGAGGAAGAACCUGAUAGUUGAGUCGGUCCGCAGCUUAAAGAUCAUCGAGGGUCUCUUCCCGCUGCAGAAGAUAAUUAACGAUGAAGAAAAGCAGGAUGGAAUCAGCUCAAAGUGCUGCAGGAAAACUAUUUUACGUCUCGUCGACAAUCUGUCCAGAGAAGGCUUACUGAAGGUUUACAAGACCACCGUCAUACAGGAUGGGAUCACCAAGAAGGUAGAGAUGGUCGUUCAUCCGUCCGUUCAGCCCAACGAUGACAUAGUGACCCGAGUCAUUGACCAGGUCCGCUUCAGAAUCUCCAGUUCUUACACGGCUGUACGUCUGCAGCACGCUGAGGAGAAAGCCAAAGAACAAGGCAUAGGGUCUGACGACGUGACCGGCGACUCUCCGAAAUCCCAAAAGAGAGAGAAGAAGAGAAGUAAAGCCGACGAGUUCAAGCCCACGACAGUUCGGGGAUUGGGGAAGACUUUUGGCUUCCAGCCUAAGAUGCAUCGUAUGCGUCUUGUUCAUAACUUCCUCUGGUACCUGAUCUACGGGCACCCGGGCAAUCAAAACUCCUCUGACUCCAAAUCAAGCAGUGAGACGCCGGCAGAGAAGAAGAGCUCAGAUCCGGAUGCCAAACAAAUGAAAGACUCCACAAACGGGCAAACGCAGCCAUCUGAAAAGGCUGCCUCCGGCUCUGUGGACCCACCAACCGCAGACUCUGCUUGUGUGAUAUCAUCGGGUGAUGAAGAGGAGGAGCUGAAGGAAACAUCAACACCUGGUCCCUCUCAGUCUGACUUUAAAGCGUAUACUGAGGAAGAGUCAUGGAAGAAAUUCAUUCCUCCUGUCCGUGUACACAAGGAGUUCGGCAGCGGCUGGGCGAUGGUCGGCGACCUGCUCCUCUGUCUGCCUCUCUCCAUCUUCAUCCAGGUCAUACAGAUCAAUUAUAAGGUGGAAGGGCUGGAGGAAUAUCUCAACGACCCUGUGAAGCAACACCAUCUCAUCAGUGCGCUGCCCGCCAGAAUGAGAAGACAGCUGCUUUACAAACGGAGAUACAUCUUCUCCUUUCAUGAGAACCUGCAGAAGAUGGUCUACAUGGGUCUGCUGCAGUUUGGGCCGGUGGAGAAGUUCAAGGAGAAAGACCAGGUGUUUGUGUACCUGAGGCGUAACGCCACCAUCGUUGACACCACCAACGCUGAGCCUCACUACUGGCUGGUCACAGAGUCCUCGGACAAACCCUUCGAGCAGCGGCAGUACUCGUUCAACACUGUUGAAGACGUAGAAAACUACUGGUUCGACCUGAUGUGUGUCUGCCUCAAUACUCCACUGGGGGUAAUCCGCAAUAAGAGAAAUGCUACAGAGGAAGAACACAAUCCUUCCUUUGUGCAUGAACGCAACGUGUUUGUGGGACUGGCCUACCUGCUGAAGGGGAAUCGACAAGUGUGUGACGACGGCUCGAUACCAGGAGACGGUAAAGGAGCAGGAGGGCUGGACUCUGAAUUCUUUGCUCAUCUUAAACGCAACUGGCUGUGGACCAAUCACCUCCUCUCGGUCAGAACGACCGCAACUGGUUUAGAGGCAAAGGAGAAUAAAGUCCGACUGAAGAGCCUCUUGAGUAAAAAUGCUCUCAGGAUUGCACUUAAAGCUGGAGGAUCUACGACACCGCGUUAUGUGACUGCCAAGCGUCCACUGGUAGAAACUGUUGAGAUGGAUGUUGAGCCUGCUUCCAGAAACCAGCAGGUGGUCGGAGGAAAGAAACAGAAGAGGAAGAGAACUAAAAAGGAAGUUGUCAAGGCUCCACGCAAGAAGAAGAAGGAGCCAAAGAAACGCACCCCGGCCCACGACGAGGCGGACCACCGAGCUUUGAAAAUGAUGACCAGACAGAGAGUGUACUGGUCUGUACAGGAGGACUCUCUGAUGAUGCUCUGCAGUGUGGCCUCACACCUGCUCAACAGCAAGUUAAAAAGGCCCUUCGUACCUUACUGUGUGGUAAGAGACCUGCUCCACGCAGAGUUUGAGAUAUCGAUGGAUAAAACAUCCGUCGCUGUCGGACGUCGCACACGAUACAUCCUCAAAAAUCCUCAGACGCUGCUGAACUACAGGAUCUGUCUGGCUGAGGUGUAUCAGGACAAACCUCUGAUGAGACUGUUGGAGGGCAAGAAACCUGCCGAUCCGAACAGUCCACAGGAUUGUGCUAAAUCGUUCGCCGAGUACGCCCGGCUGCUCAGACAGAAGUUCAGCGCUGUUAUUCUGAGCGCUCGUGAUAUGAUCAUGCCCGACUCAAAACUUCAGCUCUUCUCACGGUUUAAGGUCUCGGCAAUAGAGAACGGAAAGCGGGUGUCAUGGAAAGACGAUCUGAACUGCACGGAUGACAUUCAUGCCAUAGUGUUACAAAACUUGAUCCAGAGCACUCUGGCCAUGACCAACAAUCAGAUGAAGUCGUCCAGAUCCUUUCAGACCUUCCACAUGUACAGUAAGUACAACCAGGAGCUGCUGUGCCAAGCGUUCAUACAGUGCAGGAAGAGGGGUCUGGUCAACCGACGCCGUAUCAAUCAGCCGUUUGGCCCCAAGAAGAACCGAGCGCUGCCCAUCCUGCCCAUGUCCUACCAGCUGUCCCAGUCCUACUACAGGUGUUUCUCGUGGCGUUUUCCUCACUCGCUGUGCACUGAUUCCUUCCGCUUCUUGAGGAGUCUAAUAAACAACGGGACGGCAGACAACAAACCCGUCACCGCGUUCUACCAUGAAACCGAGAACCGGUCAGAGAACGGCGAGGAAGUGAUGGAGAGAAGGACGGGGUCAGAGAGGAAGAAGAAACAAAGCAAAAGGAAAGAAGACAGAGCAACAGCAAGCAAACCAGAGGUACCACCAGGGAAGGAAGGAGAGAACGACCAAAGUAAAAAGGAAGAAGAAGAGAAGGUGACUGAGGUGAACGAGGAGAUAAAUCCAGAGAAGGAAGGAGAGAACCACCAAAGUAAAAAGGAAGAAGAAGAGAAGGUGACUGAGGUGAACGAGGAGAUAAAUCCAGAGAAUGAUGGAGAGAACGACCAAAGUAAAAUGGAAGAAGAAGAGAAGGUGACGGAGGUGAACGAGGAGAUAAAUCCAGAGAAGGAAGGAGAGAACGACCAAAGUAAAAUGGAAGAAGAGAAGGUGACGGAGGUGAACGAGGAGAUAAUUCCAGAGAAGGAAGGAGAGAACGACCAAAGUAAAAUGGAAGAAGAGAAGGUGACGGAGGUGAACGAGGAGAAAACGGAGGCGACAAGCAAGACUGAUGAACAGAAAAACCCAGAAGAUUGCCUCACAGCUGGUUCUGGUGAAGCUCCCUCCAGCAGUGAGCAGACACACGAUCAUCUGCCCAAAGAAGAGCCAACAGAAGUGGCCGCUGCCUCAAACGCAGCACCCCGAGCGUCAGAGGAGCCUCCAGCCGUGUCGGACAUGAUGCAGUUCUCUAUGGACUCUCCGGGUGGAGCCAGCGGGGUCUCGCUCAGCCUGAUGUCUCUGGGACUGCUGAAUGUGUACAUGUCCAUACCUAAACAGAUGGUGGUGGUGGACAGCAACCUGGUGGACAACGAUGUAGUCAAGAGUAUGGCAGCUCUGGACGAAGAGGACGAAGAUGAUGAAGACGGCGAUGAGUGUGAGGGGAGAAAGAAAAUGGAGGUGAAGGCACACCAAGCGUCUCACACCAACUACCUGAUGAUGCGCGGAUACUGCUUUCCUGGCAUAGUCAAAAUCCGUAACCUCAACACUCUGGAUAACAUCGUGGUGGAGUCGUGUAUUAUGAGGUUGCAGCUGCGCGACACGCCUGCUCACCACAUGUUCAGUAUGGAGGGCUCCCCACCGCUGGACCUGACUAAAUGCGGUCCUUCCCUUCUUCCCUACGUCCUCUCCUCCUCCACCCGCACCUACUCCUCCUCCUCGUCCUCUCCGCACAGCCUGAAGGAGUGUGACGGGCGUUUGGUGCAGCAGAGAGGUUACACUCCUCAGGACGUUGAAGCAUGUGCUCGGCUCAGGAGGAGCUUAGAUGCAGCUGGUGAGAACGGCCUGGAUGUUCCUGACCUCUACAAGACUCAUGUCCACCUGCAGGAGCCUCGGUGUGGACGCAGCAGGAGCCUGCAGCAGUACCUGGAGGAGUUACAAGAAGAAGGCCAGGUGAUAAAAGUCGGGGGUUUGGGCCCCCGCUGGGUGCUCAUGCAGCAUGCUGAUCCGUGGCUGUUGACUGUAAGGCAGCCGUCCAAGCAAUGGUCCCAGUCACGCUCUGACAGACUCCCCUUUUUGGAGAACGAUCACAACAUCCCCUUCAUGCGCAAGAGAGCCCGGAGAGAAGUCCGAAAGCAGACUGAGGAACCGCCGGCAAAAAAAACGGCUGUGGACAAACGAGAAGGCGAGGGAUCGUCGAGUGAUGUAACGGGAGAGAAACUGAAUGAGGAAGAACAGCUGGAUGAGCAGAAAGACGGGGCAGAUGAUGGAAGUGGGGACAACUUGGAAGAGGAAGGAGGGAAGCUGCUGCAGCCUGAGGAGGACAGAGAGCAUGAGGCAGGACGGGAGGAGGUGGAAACUGAGGAAAGACAGGAAGAAAAUAACAGAGUCAGAGCGGACAGUUUAGACGAUGGAAGAGAGGAAGGAGCAGCAUGCUCUCCGCCAACAACACCAGCUGAUGUGGAUAAUGAUGGGAACGUGAGCUUCAUCAGCCGGCCGUGGCGCAUGGUUGACGGCAAUCUGAACCGGCAGGUGUGUAAAGGCAUGCUGGAGGCCAUUAAUUACCACGUCAUGUACCGACCCGGACUCACGCAGCAGUCACUGGUGGAACAUUACAAAGAUGUGUUGCAGCCGAUGGCGGUGCUGGACCUGGUGCAGGCGCUCAUAGACAUCGGCUGUGUGACGAAGAAAACUCUCAUUAAAGCUCCUAAACCUUCACUGUUCACCCGCUCUGCGCACCCGACAAGCAGCCACACAAAAGUGACGAUGGAGGAACCGGACUCCGUGUUUUAUGAGCCGACCAUCAGCUGCUGCCUGCGGCUCGGUCAGAUGUUACCCAACGAACGUCACUGGAACUGCUGCCUACCGUGACAGUAAUGAUGCACCUCACCUGGUGUCACAUUAGGUACAUAAAACGGCUUUUGAAAUUCAAGCCUAAGAUGAUCAGACUGUUGUGUUUAACCUAAAUGAUGUGAUUUUACAAAAUGUUUCAUGGCAUCAGGUUCUUUGACUUCUGGUUUUACAGAACAGGGAUUUCUUUGCACAUUUCUUUUAUUUUUGGAUUUAGUUUUUUAUGUUAAAUCUUUUUGUCUUAUAAUUAAAAUGAACACAAGUUAAUUAUAAGACCAAAAGUCUGUGUUCCUUCUUUGUAUGCUAAAUAAAUAAUAAUAAAAACAUGCAUUGCAUUACA